CAACAGAGCUAAUAGCUAUUAUCCGGCUUUACAAUAUGGCAAUUCUGUUGCAGCUUAUGGUGAUGACCGCAGUCGUAGUUGCAUUUUCGACUGGUUUGUAUGUUACUUUAGCACAUUCUGUCGGUCUUGCCGUUACUGUCUGUGUCAUAGGUGCCAUCUCUUUUUAUAUGGUCUGCUAUAUGAUUCUUCUACCUGAAAAUUAACUAUUAUAGUUGCAGUCAUGCCGAAGUAGGUAAAAUUGAGUUGGGGGUAAUAGGACCCCGUGAGUGUAGCAAACCAUGAUCAUCAGAAGUCAUCUUUGUUUCAGCAUCAUUAGAAGUCAUCCUCCUAUGACGUAUGAGCGGAUGCCCUCAACCUACCUCUUCCUCCCAUCUGCGCUAUCUAACCUCUGAUAUCUUACUAUCUCCGAGUUCAUUUACCCUUCAUGCAAAACCAUUACAUAGAAAAAGGAUGAAUCUCCAAAGUAGAAACCUAAGUAUCACUAUUUGCCUUUGACCAAAAGAAAGGCAUUUGUUAUUUUCCUUGAUCGGAAGAAAGGUAUUUGUUAACUGAACUUUGCCUUGAUCAAAAGAAAGGGAUAACAGUUCUUGGUUGGGUUUUAUACUUUAUAAUUUCAUUUCAUGAAACAUAUAUUACUCAAACUGUAUUAUAAUUCCCUCUGUUUCACUUUGUUUGUUGUAGUUUGACUUAGCACAAUGUACUAAAUAUACCUUAACUAUCAACUUAGAGAUAAACCACAGCCGAAUCAGAGAGGUGCAAAUCAAUCCAGUCAAAUUAGAGAUAAGCAUCCAGUACCCCCUCGAACUAUAAAAAAAUUUUAACGUAUUUUUGUCAACCUUUUGUGCUGACAUGACACCUUUAUUACAUAUGAGGUCCACGUCAAAGGUGCCACAUUAGCUAAAAAGGGUGAUAAAAUACACUAAAAUUGAGUUCAGGGGUAAUAGGACCCCUGUGAUGUUAGAGUGUGUCGUAGCAAAUUUAGUUAUAGUUCAGGGGUACUAGAUGCUUUACUCGUCAAAUUAUUGUACAAUGCCAUUGUCCCAACAAAUCUUUAUUAAACACCUUCAAGUCUUUAAUGUGAACUGAUGGAUGGAGUAUAUAUAUGUACUUGAUGAAGUCUAUUUACCUAAGUCUUUGCAUUUGAAUAUCUUAAUAUUAUGCCAGCCUGGUGUAGAACUUCUAGGUGUGUUAUAUUUCUUAAUGAAGUCUUUGUUGAGUCUUUAUAUUAGAAUAUCUGAAGAUACCAGACUGGUCAAUUUUAUAUAUAUGGUGCGGCAAUAAGCUGACAUUGUUGAUAUUAAAGUAUCCAAUGAACUUGAGAGUCCUUUUCUACCAAUAACCUUCCACCGGCAACAAAUAUCAAAUACCAAGUAUCUCUAUCCAUCAAGGCUAGAACAGAUAAGAAGAAAUACCAACUUCGUUGACCAAUGGACCUCACCUUUGGAUGCUGCUUGCACUAAAGCUCCCGCUAUGGGCAGGGUCCGAGAAAGGGCCUCACCACAAGGGUGUAUUAUAGGCAGCCCACCACAAGGGUGUAUUAUACACAAACUUACCUUUCAUUUCUACUGAGGCUGUUUCCAAGGUUUGAACUCGUGACCUCCUAGUCACAUGGCCGACAUUUAUGUCAUGCAUGGGAUGGACCCCACUUGGAUGAGUCUGAAACGACUUGACUAAGCAGAGACUUGACUAUUAAGAGUAAUUUUUUUCCUAUAUAAUGUUUGAGAGAAAGCAAACGACAUACCAAGAAUCAUAAUUUUGGAUAAUAUCUCAAAACAAAAAAGAAUGGUGGACGUCGUGGUGGGUUAUAUGAUAGAUACACUCCUGCCCAUGAUGUCUGUGACAAGAAGGAUGAUGGUGCCGAUACCAGAGGCGGAGUCAGAUCGUAAUGAUCGAGAAGAAAAAGCUAAGAGAGAUGAAACAGUGGUUGAAAACAUUAUGAAGGCAGCUCAAAUACAUUUAGUUGUGGCAGCUCUGUUAAUGACAGUGACCUUCACAGCUGGUUUUACGUUACCAGGAGGUUUUGAAAGCGAUACUAAUAGUCCUAAUAAAGGGAUGGCGAUUCUAU